UUUUUUAUUUAGUUAUCUUUUUAGAUAAUUUAGCUUUAUUAUUAUUUUAUAUGUAAUAAGAACAUGUGCUGAGAAAGUUGAUAAGUUGACAGGGUCUACAAUAUUUAAUAUUUUUUUUCCAUUCUUUUAUGAUGAAGGUAUUUAUAGUGAACUUUGUAAAUUUAAGUAUUAUUUAACUUUUAUUUAUAACAAUUUUGUUCUUUGUUCUCUUACUUGACAAUUGACAUGAUCAUAAUGAUAAUAUGACCCGGCCCGACCACUUCGCCAAGUAUAUCAACGUGUGGAGUCAUAAACACAAUAGUGAUGGAAUAGGCAAAUUGGUUUUCAAUAGUGUCCCACACACAAAAGAAAAGAAGUAAAAGGUUAGAUAAUAGAGUGAAAGCCACGUCGCUAGCGUAUGCAGCGUGGACAUGUCGGCCACCCUCAAGGCAAAUCAAACUGAUGAGAGUUUGUCGAAACUCUGACUUCCUUGUCCCUCCUCUUCUCUCUCUCUCUCUCUCUCUCUCUGGCUCUCUUUUAUGGCUAUCUAUCCAUGCAUAUAAAGACACAGAGGGACUAAGAUGGGAAUUACAUCAGAACAACAUUCAUCAGCUUCUUCCAUAGACAGCAGCUGCAACCCUUCUGCAGCAGCUGGCACCUCUUCUUCCUCUUUCUGUGCUCCAAUUCAAAGCAAUAACAGCACAAGAUUUGAUUUGAGCACAGACCUCAGACUUGGUCUAAGCAUCUCAUCCUCUUAUUACAAUGACCUCUUUCCCACUCCAACAACGACAACAAGAGAGCAACCACUAAGCUGGCCACCAAUCAGAUCGAUAUUGAGGAGUGCACAUUUAGAUAAAGCACUUGAUCAAAAGCAGGCCUUCUUAUUUAUCAAGAUAUACAUGGAAGGCAUUCCGAUUGGUAGAAAAUUGAAUCUUUUUGCACAAGAUGGCUAUGAUAGUCUCAUGACAACUAUUGCCCAUAUGUUCCCCACCACCAUUCUUUGCCCAGGUGCUGAUCGAGUUCACUCUGAUAAAUAUCAUGUCUUGACCUAUGAAGAUAAAGAAGGGGAUUGGAUGAUGGUUGGAGAUGUGCCAUGGGAGAUGUUCUUAAACAAUGUGAAAAGACUAAAGAUCACCAGAGCAGACAGAUGCUAGCAGCUAGAAUAGUUGUUCUUCACUUAUUCAGUCCAUUUCUCUUUGUGUAUGUAAUUUUGUCUAGUUCCAGCUCAUAUUGACACGCUCAAAUACAGUAUGGAGUAUAUGCCCAAGAUUACAGAUAUGUACAGCCUUUUCUUACAAAAACUAUAUAUAUCAACAUUAUUAUCUCA